GAGCGGCCACUGCCUCUUUCCCCUAGGCAUGCAAGACUUUAAUUAUCUCCAUACCAACUGCUUCGAGAUCACACUGGAACUGAGUUGCAACAAGUUUCCCCGCCAAGAGGAACUACAGCGGGAGUGGCUGGGUAAUCGGGAAGCCUUAAUCCAAUUCUUGGAACAGGUUCACCAGGGUAUUAAGGGAAUGGUGCGUGAUGAGAAUUCUAACAACCUCCCUGGAGCUGUGGUUUCUGUCACUGGGAUCAAUCACGAUGUCACUUCAGGUGAAUAUGGGGAUUACUUCCGACUGCUGCUUCCGGGUACAUACACUGUCACUGCCACGGCACCAGGAUUCGACCCGGAAACAGUGAUUGUGACAGUGGGGCCCGCAGAACCCACACUGGUUAACUUCCAGCUCAAGAAAAGCACUGCGCAGGCCUACCCUAUGCGGAGAACUCCUGGCCGAGGACAGGGAGGCAAAGCCAAGAUGCCUUCCCAGACACCCAAAAAGAAAGACCCUUCAGCAAAGCGGCGGCAUAGAGGCCCUGCCUGAAACCCAGAGUCUGGGGCCGCUCUCCAAAAGUUGAGUUCUGCUCCCAGGUUCCAUGGCCACUCAUCCGUUUUAUUAUCCAGGACAUACUUAAACAUAGGCAUGUACAGGAUAGUUCCAAGUGUUUAUGUCAAUUCCAGGAGCAAGCCUUCCCUAGACCAGCAUUAAAGGAAUCAGAACCUACUGGAAAUGUGCCAUUGUGCAUACCUCCAGCAGAGUUCUAGAAGUUUCUGCUCUAGGAGUCUGAUUUAGAUCCCAUGUCAGUCCACUGCAUCCAGAAACCAGUUCCAGCUGGUUGGCCAGUCUGUCUCCAGAGCCUAGCAUGGAGCUUGUGACUCAGUGGGUGCUCCCUGAAGCUGUCUGAAUGAAAAGCUAAGGCAAUCCACAGCAAGACCGGAAGUGCCCAGGACCAUUUCCAAAAUAGCCCGUGGUUUCCUAGUAAGAAAAGCAUCAGCCCCACAAUGCCUGGUUCUAUUGUUGCUCCUCAUCUGUGAGCACUGUUAACGUGUUUGCACCUUUCAUUUUCUGGGUAUAUAGGAGGACAUGGAACCCCUGUGGCCUGGUGAGCACUGGCCCCAUGUCCAGGAGUGCAGUGUUGAGCCCUGCUGAGUCCCAGCCCAACCUACUGGUUCAGAAAGCAUUUUUGAGCAAAGUCGAUGUUUCUGAAGACUUGGAA